AUGGCGCAGAAAGAACAUCAGCCGACGCCCGACGCCUUUUCUUGUUGGAUCUGUCUGGAUCUACUAAAUUGUCCAGUGACUGUUCCCUGUGGACACAACUACUGCAAGGAUUGUCUUCAAUCCCACUGGGAUUCAGAAGAAUGGAAGAAAAUCUACAGUUGCCCUCAGUGCCACACAACCUUCACACCAAGGCCGGUCCUGCUGAAAAACGACACGUUGGCAGCUUUGGUGGAGGAGGUGAACAAGAGCAGACGCAAGGUUGUUCUUGAUGAUUACUUCUAUGCUGGAGCUGAAGAUGUGGCCUGUGAUUUCUGCACUGGGAGGAAACUGAAAGCCCAACUGUCCUGUCUGCAAUGUAUGGCCUCUUACUGUCCGAUUCACAUUCAGCCUCAUUUUGAAGUAGCUCCUCUAAAGAAACACAAGCUGGUGGAGCCAUCCAAGAGGCUCAUGGAGAACAUCUGCUCUCGUCAUGAUGAGGUGAUGAAGUUGUUCUGUCGUACUGAUCAGCAGUCUAUCUGUUAUGUCUGUUCAUUAGAUGAACAUAAGGGCCAUUUCACAGUCUCAGCUGCAGCAGAGAGGGCCGACGGGCAGAGAAAGCUGGAGGUUAGUCAACAAAACAUCCAGCAGAGAAUCCAGGACAGAGAGAGAGAUGUGAAUCUGCUUCAACAGGAAGCAGAGGCCAUCAAUCGUUCUGCUGAUAAAGCAGUGGAGGACACUGAGAGCAGCUUCACCGAGCUGAUCUGUCUCAUGACAAAAUGUCACUCAGAAGUGACGCAUCAGGUCCAACUCCAGCAGAAAACUAAGGUGAGUCAAGUCAAAGAGAUGCAGGAGAAGCUGAAGCAGGAGAUCGCUGAGCUGAAGAGGAAAGACGUCGAGAUACAAACGCUGUUACAAACUCAGGAUAACAUCCAGUUCCUACAGGCCUACCCCUCACUGUCAGCACUCAGCCAACCUUCACAAUCACCCACCAUCAAUAUCCGUCCACAAAGGUACUUUGAGACUGUGACAGUGGUUGUGUCAGCAGUCAGAGAUAAACUACAGGAGGUUCUGCGUGGGGACUGGACAAACAUCUUACAGCCAGUGGCUGAAGUGGAUGUUUCACUGCCACAACCAGAGCCCACAACCAGAGAAGAGUUCUUCAGGUAUUCAUGCGACAUCACACUGGAUCCAAACACAGCACACGACUUUCUGUUAUUAUCUGAUGGGGACAAGAAAGUGACAAACCGUAUGCGAGUUGAGUCUUAUCCUGAUCAUCCAGACAGAUUCACUAAACAGUGUCAGGUCCUGAGUCGGGAGAGUCUGACUGGACGUUGUUACUGGGAGGUGAAGUGGGAUAGAAAUGUUCAUGUGGCAGUCGCAUUCAAGAAUAUCAGCAGAGAAGGGAGCAGGACUGAAUCUGAAUUUGGACACAGUAACAACUCUUGCGCAUUAUGUCUAAGCAGCUACAGGUGCUACUUUUUGUGCCAUGGUGUCAACACUCCUGUCUCUGAUCCUCAGUCCUCCAGAAUAGGCGUGUACCUGGAUCACAGAGCAGGUAUUCUGUCCUUCUACAGCAUCUCUGAGACCAUGACUCUCCUCCACAGAUUCCAAGCCACAUUCGAUCAGCCUCUAUAUGUUGGAUUUGGACUUGGUUUGGGAUCCACUGCUGAGAUCUGUAAGCUGACAAAAACAGAAGUCAUUUAA